CCUUCUGCAUCACUCCUUAUCUACGAUUCCGGGAGAAUUGCGCUCUAGUGCCGAUAAUGAUACACCACAGAUAAAAUCGGCCUCUCGUUCGUCGCAGGUCGCGACGCGGACGCGCUAAGACCUGCGUCGUGCGAGACCACGCGUCGUUGCCCCGAGAGAAGCGCGAGAGCGUCCGUGGUAUCGCUCGGUAUCGCGAGACCGGCGAGUCCCCCGCGUUUGACACUUCUAUCAGCUGUCGCGCUCAAUAUGGCUGCUCGCGAGACGCCUUCCCGUCCGCGGCGCUGCAGAAACGCCCGCGUUAGGACGUGUACGUGGUGAACGCGCGAUCGAGGGUCUCCGCUGAGUUGCGGACACGCGAGGGCGUCCCGGCCCCGCGAUGGCGGGCAACGACGUGGUGCUGGAGGGAUUUCUCUGUCCCAUAUGCAUGACCGACUUCAAGGCGCCCGGUCACCUGACGAAGCACUUCGACGAGGUUCACAAUGACGAUCCGGAGAUCCUGAGGUCGCUCAGAGAUUUACUCGGCAAAGCCAGGAACAAGUUCCUGCCCUUGAAGCAGGGCAGCAUACCGGAGGCAUUUCCAAGCGCGAUACUGCAGGACAAGAGACGGAGUCCUGAGAUCAAUUGGGGACCACAGGAGAUAGGUGCAGCUACGUCUCACACGAGGUAUUUUAAGGACGUGAGAAACGCUCGGCUAGAGAGAUACGCGUACGAGACAAAUAAGCUUCUUAUAAGGCUAGAUAAGUUACUAAAUAAUUUACCGUCGGAUCCGGUCGACAGGAAAGCCCACGAACGCACCGUUGUACCGUGGCUCGACGAGAAGGACGUGAAAUUGUGCCCCAAUUGUGCCAAGAGCUUUCACCUGGCGAGGCGAAAACAUCACUGUAGAUUAUGUGGGGCGGUCAUGUGCCAUAAUUGUACAGUAUUUUUGUCCCUGAUCGAAGCACGAAAAAUGACCAAUCCCGUGUCGAUACAAGACGAUUCUGCACUGUCACCUACGUCGGGACGAGCGUUUCCCGGGAGAGUAACGCGCACGGGCAUCGGUGUCUCGAAAUUAGUGCGAUCACCUUCCAACGGUAGCUUGAACAGCGUCCUAUCGUUGGUGAAUGAUUCGGCUGGCAGCGAACAGCAUUUCCGAGUUUGUACGCACUGCAUAAACUUGCUCGAUGCAAGGGAGAUGCAGAAGGCGAAGCAAUUCGACAAACCGAUCGUUUGCGGAUUCUACGAGAAAAUGAGGGAACACAUGAGCGAGGCGUCGCAGCAUUUAGCGAUGUACAACAAAAUGUGGGAGUCGUUGAAAGAAGGCGAGACUACGUACGGUUUGGAAGAUGCGCAGUCGUUACGAGUCAAACUGGCGAAGUUGGGGGAGAAUAUAGACGCGACCAGUAAAAGAAUUCUAGUCUUUAGCAUGAAGAAAAGCGCGGACGAUUCGCAGGAGGCGGACAAGGCGGGACAAGAAUUGAGAUUGUAUCAGAUGGUUAGGACAUCAGCAAUGAUCUUUCUAAAAGAGGAGCUGUUGACUCUACAACCCUUGCCUUCGGCAGAAGAAUAUGUAGCUUUACAAGAGGAACGCCAGAGACGAAUAGAGGCUCGAAUAGCGUACGAGCGGCAAUUGGAGGAAGAGCAGCGAGAAAAGCCGAAAGAGCAACGCAGGAAAGACACCAACUGGAAUUUGGACAGCAGUCCAGCUUUGAAAACCAGUCAGGCACAAGCGAUGGUGACUCAGUCUCAAGGCUGGGGUCCGUCUCACAUUACCCCCAUCAUGUCUUCCUCCAUGGAUCCAAUAAUCGAACAAAUGAGCAACCUUCGCGCGUACAUUAAACAAGCCCGCGCCGAUUGCAAGUACGACGAGGUCGCAACGCUAGAGAACAAUCUUCGAGAACUACAAAGUGCCUACUUCGCUAUGAAACAAAGUAAUAGUAAUGACGGAUAGACAUUUUCGAAUAGCACAUUUCUUAUAUCUCGGCAUGUUAAAUUCUUCUACAGUGUUACCUAUUAAUUUGCAAAGUAUUUAAUAAAACCUUCUCGAAUAAAAACUCGUAAAGCAUGCAUUAUA